GCCGCUCUCUUCCCCGCCCCUCACCGCAGCCUGCAGCCGCGCUCACCGCCGCGGUCCGCCCAACCGGCCCGGCGCCCCGGGACCCGUUAUUGCCCGGCCCGCGGGCCGACGCGCGACCCCGGCCAGUCGCGAGUCCCGCGACCCCGCCCCUCCUGACAUUUGACCCAGCCCAGCCCCAACGCCCAGUGCGGCCGCCCCGGGAGCCGCGGGAGAGGCGGCGGCGGCGGGGAGGCGGGAUAGAAGGGCCGAGCCGGCGGCCGGGGAGGCCCGGUUUUGAAGCCGCUUCUCUGCCAGAGUUAGGUCUUGCCCAGCCUUAUUCCUUAUCUGUGUACUUGGCGAAUAAGUUUAGAGCAUCGGUUAACAGCCUAUGGGUGAAAUUUGCUUUUCAUUCAUGAAUGAGGUCAUUGUAGAACCUUUGGGGAAAGUGAAAACUGUAGAAGGGAGAAAAAUCAUAAUUAGUAAUCUAAUGAAUUUCUUUUCUUUGGAAUUAUCCUUGACAGAAAUAUUUUAAAAGAAAAAAUUUUUACAAUGGCUUCAGCAGUACUUAGUUCUGUUCCCACUACUGCUUCUCGUUUUGCCUUGUUACAAGUGGAUAGUGGCAGUGGUUCUGAUUCUGAACCUGGAAAAGGCAAAGGUCGGAAUGCUGGAAAGUCUCAAACUUUGGGAAACAAAUCAACUACAAAUGAGAAGAAAAGAGAAAAAAGACGAAAAAAGAAGGAACAGCAACAGAGUGAAGCAAAUGAGCUCAGGAAUCUUGCUUUUAAGAAAAUUCCCCAGAAAUCCUCCCAUGCCAUUUGUAAUGUUCAACAUGAGCUCUCAUUGUCAAACCCAGUACAGAAGGAUUCACGAGAAGAAAACUGGCAAGAAUGGAGACAAAGAGAUGAGCAGCUGACAUCUGAAAUGUUUGAAGCAGAUCUUGAGAAGGCACUGUUGCUAAGUAAAUUAGAAUAUGAAGAACACAAAAAGGAGUAUGAAAAUGCUGAAAAUGCUUCAACUCAGUCAAAAGUUAUGAAUAAAAAAGAUAAAAGAAAGAAUCAUCAGGGAAAAGACAAACCUCUCACAGUAUCGCUAAAAGAUUUUCAAUCUGAAGAUCACAUUAGUAAAAAGACUGAGGAAUUGAGUUCUUCUCAGACUUUAUCUCAUGAUGGAGGAUUCUUCAAUAGACUGGAAGAUGAUGUUCAUAAAAUUCUUAUUAGAGAAAAAAGAAGAGAACAGCUUACAGAAUAUAAUGGAACAGAUAAUUGUACAGCUCAUGAACACAACCAGGAAGUGGUUCUGAAAGAUGGAAGAAUUGAAAGACUAAAGUUGGAACUUGAAAGGAAAGAUGCUGAAAUCCAGAAGCUGAAAAAUGUCAUCACUCAAUGGGAGGCAAAGUAUAAAGAAGUAAAGGCAAGAAAUGCACAGUUACUGAAAAUGCUUCAGGAAGGUGAAAUGAAAGAUAAAGCAGAAAUACUUCUCCAAGUUGAUGAAUCACAAAGUAUCAAGAAUGAGCUAACUAUACAGGUGACUUCACUCCACGCUGCAUUAGAACAAGAAAGAUCUAAAGUAAAAGUAUUACAAGCAGAAUUAGCCAAAUACCAGGGUGGCAGAAAAGGGAAAAGAAAUUCUGAAUCUGACCAGUGUAGGUGAUUACAUUAGCCUUUGAAGUCAACACAAAACUUAAAACUUUUAGGAUUUUGCAAAAAUGUAUAUAUUUAAUGCUGUGCAACUGCUAAACUAUGCAGUUUUUGUUGAAGGAACUAAAAGCAACUAGCUCACUAGCAUUCUAUAAUUUUAUGUUCUUUUGGCUUAAAGUGAAAAGAAGAAAUACAAAAUUUCAGCAGAACUUGGUGAUUAUUGUUUACUAUCCAUACUUCUUGUCACUUUAGUUUUUCAUCAGUCAAUAAAAUUAAUUUACUCUUCCACUAA